CGAUACAGUCGAAAUAGUCAGCUAAUUCGGAGUCUGUGUUUUUUUAGAAAAAGUAGAAAAUUUAAUUAUAAAAUAUUCUGUAAUUACAUGUGAGCAAUUUUUUCGCAUUUCUUAAAAAAAAAAAAAAUAAAUAAAAAUUCUUUCAAUAAUCUUUCAAUUAUGCUUUAAUUCGGUAACUUUGAGUAUCUCCGAUCGGCGACAAAAUGGAGAGCGUCAUUUUCACGUCCUCGGGACUUUUUUUUACAAACGCGAGAAGCCUCUCUUUUUCCCGUGAUAUCAUAGUUACGCGCGACGGAACAAAGAGCAAGCAGGCGGGGGAUACGGUACGGUGAAGGUAGGAAAGUGAUACGGAUAUCUCUUCUUUUCUCCCCGACGUUGCUGUAGGGAAGUGCACGCGUUUCACCUGUUUCGCCGAUGCACAGGAAGCCGUAGACGCAUCGUCGUCGCUCAGUCGCGUGUUUACAUUGAGCACAGUAUAAUGACCGCCGAGUGUCAAUGUAGCGGAAAAGAGUAACGUUGUAAUUGCUAUUCAUUUCGUUUUUUUUCUUUUUUUUUUGUUAUAAACAUUCGCGAUAGCUUCCACAAGAUCCAGUUAGAGUUAGGUGUGUUAUUGGGGAAAAAUCAAGGAAUCAUUUAAAAUGAAUAUGUGUGCUGUAGACUAGACUAUGGGCGAGAUCUUGCAAUUAUUAAUAAGUAUAGUGAUGACUUGUUUGGUUGAAACGUCAUCUUCAUCGCCGCAUCGUGAUGAAUCAGCGAGAUGAUUCUGUGGUGAGUUUUCGCGCGAAACUGGAGCAACAAACGCGCUAUCAUCGAACGUGAAACCGACAUCCGGUGAUUCCACAAGCAACGUCUAAUGGAUCGCUCCAGUUUCUAGUGAACUGAAAAGCAGUCGAGCAGAGGAUAAAAAAAGAUAUCUGUGAAUAAUAAAAUAUAUAAACCCGCGAUAUCCCUGGAUCACGUUCUACGAAAAAAAUGGACGAAUGUGGGAGAAGCUGCACUAAGUAAUUUUACGACGAAUAAAAAUCGCACUAGUGAAACGUGCAUAAUUAAAUCGAAAGUUAAUUCGAGGAAGAUUAUCGGGGAAACUCUUGGAUAUCGCGCUUUCGAAUUUUACGCGCCUGUAGGUAGGCGAGAAAAUCAAUGCCAUUCGAAGGGUAGAAUCCUUGGAACCCUUCCUAGAAUGCUUCUUCCUGAAUGACAUGCCAGCCACGAGACGAGCGCAAUGCAGCGAGGACUGCAGGUGCAUCCUGUGUCGCGAGCUAAAGGGCUACAAGAUGAGCGCGAACAACAUGGACGGCCACGAGGGCGCCAACUUCAUCCUGCGACGUGCCGUGCCCUUCUCGCCAAAGCCCUCGGCCAAGUGCGACGAUUACGAGAAGAGCUCGACCUUGGAGGACCGCAGUCGCCGCGGCGGCGACUUCGACCAGGUCGUAAAGGACGUCGGCCACAAGACGGUCAUCUACUUCGGCGACUCGAAUCCGAGACGGAGGGAGGACAGGGCGAGGCAGCAAUCAUCAUCAUCGUCGCCGGAAGCAGCGCCGGAGGCUUCGUUGCGGCCGCGUAACGACAAGAUUCUUCCCGACUCGACGGUGCAGGACGUCGUCGACGACGAAGACGAUGACGACGGACGACGGGAUUCCGUGACGGAGAACGUAGAUCCCAAGCUCGUGCACGAGAUCGUGGUGAACGUCAGUCCCAGUAGGGAGGACGUGCUCAGGAUAGAGGAGGACGAGAGCCAGCUGGAGGACUAUUGGUCCUUGCCGGGGGACACGAGCGGGUUCAAGGCGGACUGGAGCUUCGUGCAGCAGUGGCGGCUGAGAGGGCCGGGUAGCAAUAGCCGUGAGAUAUUUUGUCCUCCUUACUCUAAGGAUUUCACGGAGAAUUCACCCAAAAACGGGGUUCAUGAUAUGGUCCACAUGAUCCCGGAAAGAGAUACGGACAGCGUGGCACCGACACCGAUUUCUCAACACCAACGUCACUCCCAACACCAUCAUCUCAGUUUACACGAGCUUCGUGCACUUCAGAGGCGACCGGAAUGCACCGGUAACAGCUCCUCCGAUGAGAACCGAUCUUCCGGACAUGCGAGCAUGUCAGACACCGGCGGUCAUACGAGCAGCAGCUCGCCGCCGCAUCGUCACCACAAGACUCACAGUCCUCAGCAACUGAACGCCGUACCUGAGGACGACCGACUCUCAGCGUCGGUUACUCAGAGGAACGGCAAAAGAUCCGGCCAGAAUCGCAACCGGCAUAGAGCUACUCCUGCCAAGCUGCAGGUACCAUGGUCAGGUUCCGGUUUGGAGGACAUAAAACUGGCGAUUCAGCAGCUGACGAUGCGUUCGCACAAGUCUUCGUCCACGUACUCGUCGCUGAGCGGUUCGGAGAGCUCAGAACCAGCAGUAAGGAGGCUGAUGCGACACUCUAGUUUGGAGACGAUCAACACCAACGUGACCAGCGCCGACGAGUUCGUCUGGGUGGACUCUCACAAUCGUUUGGUGGAGUUACAGCAACUACCAUGGACCCACCACGACGUGCUACGUGUGCUUCAGAAUGGUCGUACGAGAGAGCACAUGGAGCAAGUCUCGAUGGAGACAAUUCCGCGACUUUCCUAUCUACUGCAACGCGCACUAGUCAGGAUCGGUCGCGAGACUCAGAGACUGGCAAAGCCGAUAGGUCUCUGCAGCAAGCACGAAGUGUACAGCGCCUUCAAAAUCGUGCUCUGCCCGGCUCUAGCGGAUUCCUGUACCAAGGCAUGUCUUCGAGCCGCCGCGAUGUUCGCUGUAUCCGGCGAUCAGCUGAAACAAUCGAAGGCUUCUCGUUCAGGAUUGCAACUACCUGUCGGGCGUUUUUUACGCUGGAUGUCUGACGUGAAACUCGGUCGGAUGAUCCACGAGUACGCCGCAAUAUACCUUACGGCUGGAAUUGAGAAUCUUCUGGAGGAAAUACUGUUACAAUGCAUGCCGACCGAGCCGCAUACGACUCUUACAGCGACGAUGCUGGAACACGCUAUAGCUAACAGCGGCGACUUAUGGGGCCUGUUGCAGCCGUACGCGCAUCUCAAUGCCGGUCGAACUGCAUCAGGCGCCCUUGCGAUGCCUCGUUGGGCGAGCGUAAGUUCCUUGAAUUCAUCAUCAUCGUCGCGUAGCGGACGAGACGCGGUUCAGUCGGCUUUGGAACCAUCGUUGCUUACAACAUGUGUAGGCUCGAUGUCGGAAUUGAUGGAUUUGAUUUCCAAGGUAGCACAAGCGGGACAUUGCCCUAUACCGCUAACAACGAGAGCGUUACACGCCUUGUUUUAUUACAUGAGAUGCUCACAGCUCGAGCAUGGUGAACGUGGAUCUGGAAUACAAGAAUUAGCGUAUGAACGAGCUUAUGUUGUGCUACCACCAUUAGUGGAAUGGUUACGAGUAGCUGCAGCACACUCGGAACAUAGACAUGGUCUUGUUGUAGACCAGGAUGACAUCAAUCAAGCUGCUCGGUUGCUGUUGCCUGGUGUGGACUGUCCCGUCAGACCAAUAUGUUCUGAGGAGAUAGCGGUGUGCUCGAAGCGCGUCGACGAUGCGGAAUAUGUUCGGUUGCUGACAUUAGAUAUGGCCUUCAAGAUGUUGAUCAGCGGUCGAACGGAUCUCAUAACCCAGGCGAUGCCGUUGCUACCCUCGACGAAAAUCAAUACGGUGAACGACGCUGGAUUCACGGCUCUGAUGUUAGCGUGUAUCAACGGUGACGAAUUAGCCGUGUCGGCUUUGCUGGACGCCGGAGCGGAUGUAAAUAUCGAAAGUCCGCCGCCGGCGACGAAUUCGUCGUUUAACACGCCUUCCAAGAUGCCGCAAACUUCUUCCGGUACACCGAAUGCUAGGAGUCCGAUCAAUCAAUCGGUGAUGAUAACGCCGACUGGUAAAACGAUGCCGAACGCGAAUGGAACGUCUGCCAACAGCCCGGGUAAUCCCAAUGGAGUUGCCCCAGGAUGCUAUGCGCAAACCGCUUUCAACGCGGAAACGCAACAUUGGACCGCUCUGACUUACGCGGCUCUGUUGGGUCAUUGCAACGUAGCAAGGGUAUUGCUCGAGAGAGGUGCCGCAGCAGAGGGUGGCGCAAAACUCAGCGAGGACAAAUGCACGGUCACACCUCUGCAAGCAGCCACGGCAUCAGGAAACAACGAGAUGGUGGCUCUUCUCUUGGCACAUGGUGCGCAACCAUUCCUGUCCACUCUAAUCAAGGAUUCGUUCUCCUAUUCGGGUUCCGUGCAACGUGGUUGUUACAGCGCAAUAUCGGUGGCAACGGCGCAUGGCCAAAGAAGCUGUCUUCAUCAACUAUUGUCACAUCCACUCAACUUCUCAGCCAAGCGUGGAGAAAAAGAGAUAUUAUCUUUGGAAGAGAUAUUAGCGGAAGGUAAUGCCGGCACUAAUCCUCAACAGCAGAUUGCUGAAGGGAGAGGAGCUCGCAGAGAAGGCAAAGAACCAGUGUUUAAUAAAAUACAAACAAAGGCGCUGCAGGAAGCAAUGUACCAUACCGCGGAAAGCAAUCAUUUAGAUAUCACCAUGGAACUUCGUGGGCUAAAAGUAGGUUGGACACUGCAUUGCUGGAUGCACAGUCUUGCGACGGCUCACGAAAUGCGAUUAGAUUCGGUUAUCGAUCAAUUACUUCAAGACUUUCUUCAAGUCUGCCCGGAUGAUUAUUCUACACAAUUCGUGCAGGAAUGUUUGCCGCUUUUAUUCAAUAUCUUUAGAUAUAGUAAGAAGGAAGGUACGACACUGUUGCUCGCUGAUAUAUUUUGUACAUGUUAUGGCUGGGAACCGAUCAAGCCAAUUAGAGAUACCACUUUGUCGAGUGGAUCGAGAAUCGAUCCGAAAUUUGUAAAUAAUCCUGAAUUAAGUGACGUACAAUUUAGAGUUGAAGGUCGCGUUUUCUACGGUCAUAAGAUUGUAUUAGUUACGUCUUCCCCAAGAUUCAGAAAUAUGUUGAGCUCAAAAUUAUGCGAAGGCAAUCCUCCUAUUGUGCAGAUCAACGACAUAAGAUAUCACAUAUUCCAGAUGGUCAUGGAAUUUCUUUACCACGGCGGUUGCGCUACUUUGGAAGUUAAUCAAAGUGAUGUCCUAGAAUUAAUGGCGGCAGCCAAUUUCUUUCAACUCGAUGGGUUGCUUAGAUACUGUGAAGCACAGUGUUCCACAAUGGUGGAUCUUGACAAUAUCGUUUCUAUGUAUAUUCACGCAAAGGUGUAUAAUGCAGCACAGCUUUUGGAAUACUGUCAAGGAUUCUUAUUACAAAAUAUGAUGGCCCUCCUGACGUACGAUGAUUCAGUCAAGCGUUUGUUAUUCGCGAAAAAGUUACCGAAUCACGAUGUUCUUGCGGGCCUGUUACUCACUCUGCAAUCGCGGAUAAAAGUCAGGCGAUCUCAACAACAAAACAAGAUAAAAGCUUAAAUUGCUUCUGCAGUAUACAAUUGGAAAUGAGUAAGUAUAUAAUUGUAUGUUGAAAAUGAGUAUAAAAUGACUGCGCAGUUUAAAUCUUUCAACUUCCAGUUGCGAAAGUUAUGUCAAAGUAGAAAGAACUUUACGUGAUUUGUAUGUUUUAGAAGAUUCCAAGAUAUAAUCUUAAGUAUAACUGACAAAAUUAAAUAUUAUCACAUUCCAAAAGAACAUAUAUAAAAAGUCUCGUUGCGACAAUUUGAACAUAAUUUUGAAUUGUUAGACGAACAAAUUUUUAUAUGUACAUUGUAUAUUAAAAUAUCAACAUCAUAUAUGUGCUAUGUUACAAGUAAUAAGGAUAAUUAGUUUAUGUGAAAAUCACUGCCGUUUACGACAUAUUCUUGUAAAUGUAAAUAAGCUAGUAUAAAAACUUGGACAUUUUUAUAUGUCUCUUUCCAUACAUUUAUCAUAAAAAUCGAGUUUUAUCUGAUUGAACAAACUUUCUAGCGACAGAAGGUCCGACCAUUAUAUAGUAUGUAUAUAUUUAUAUAUUUUAUAUGCAAUAAUUUUUUAUACU